GUCUGAGAACUAGUCGCCAUGACAGACCCAAUCCGUUACGCAUCUCCGGACGACGAGACGAAGAAGACGACGCACAAGAGAAAGAGAGGGAAUAAACCGUCGGAAGAAUCAGAGCCUCGAAACCCUUAUCAGGCCCAACAAAACGAAGAAGAGGAGAAAGGAGAAGGUGAUGAUGACAAUAAGAAGGAAAAGAAGACGAAGAAAAUGAAGGGAGAGGAAGCAGAGGCCAACGCAGAGGGGGUGGAGGAGGAGAAUAAGAGGAAGAAGAAGGUCAAAAGUGGUGGAGGGUCUGGGAUUAUGAGCAGAGACUCCUUUGGUUCAUUGAAUUUGUCUGCCAACACUUUCAAGGCCAUUCAGGAACUCAACUUUCAGUAUAUGACUCAGAUUCAAGCCAGAGCAAUCCCAUCACUAUUGAUCGGAAAAGAUGUCCUCGGAGCUGCUAGGACAGGAUCCGGGAAGACUCUUGCUUUUCUUAUACCAGCUUUGGAGUUGCUAUAUCACACAAAGUUUACUCCUCGUAAUGGAACAGGUGUUGUUGUCAUUUGCCCAACACGGGAACUUGCAAUUCAGACCUAUGCCGUGGCAAAGGACCUUCUGAAGUACCACUCACAUACUGUUGACUUGGUUAUCGGUGGUGCAGCUAGGAGAGGUGAAGCAGAACGUCUUGUAAAAGGAGUAAAUCUAUUGGUUGCAACCCCUGGUCGACUUCUUGACCAUCUCCAGAAUACCAAGGGAUUCAUAUAUAAGAACUUGAAGUGCCUCAUAAUUGAUGAAGCUGAUAGGAUUUUGGAAGCAAACUUUGAGGAAGAAAUGAAACAGAUUAUUAAGCUUCUACCCAAGAAAAGGCAAACAGCUUUAUUUUCAGCAACCCAAACUACAAAGGUUCACGAUCUUGCUAGAUUGUCGUUGAAAGAACAUCACUUGAUUGAUGUUGAUGGUGGAAGAACUAAGGUCACCAAUGAAGGGCUGAAACAAGGCUAUUUUAUUGUGCCUAGUGAGGAGAGAUUUAUUCUCCUAUAUUCUUUUCUGGUGGCGAUUCGGUCUAAGAAAGUGAUGGUCUUCUUCUCUUCUUGUAACUCAGUCAAAUUCCACUCUGACCUUCUUAGAUACGUUAAUGUGGAUUGCUUUGAUAUCCAUGGAAAGCAAAAGCAGCAGAGGAGGACAAAAACUUUUUUUGACUUCUGCAAAGCAGAGAAAGGAAUCUUACUCUGUACUGAUGUUGCUGCUCGUGGCCUGGAUAUUCCUGCUGUGGACGUGAUUGUGCAGUUUGAUCCUCCAGAUGAUCCCAAGGAAUAUAUCCACAGAGUUGGUCGAACAGCUCGAGGGGAAGGUGGAAAAGGAAAGGCAUUUCUUUUCCUCAUACCCGAAGAGAUGCAAUUUAUUCGCUAUUUGAAGGCUGAAAAAGUCCCCGUUGAAGAGCAACAAAUUAAUAAGAAUAAGCUGAAAAAUGUGCAGUCUCAACUGGAAAAGAUGGUUGAGGGCAACUACUAUCUGCGCCAAGCGGCAAAAGAAGCAUAUAAAUCUUAUCUAUUAGCGUAUAAUUCACACUCUAUGAAGGACAUCUUUAAUGUUCACCGUCUCGAUCUGCAGGCGGUCGCAGCUUCAUUUUGCUUUUCAAGUCUUCCCAAGGUGAAUUUGAACUUAAACAGCAGUGCAUCAAAGUUCCGGAAGAAGAUGCACAAAGUAGGAGGAAGUAGAAAUGGAUUCAGCGAGAGCAAUCCUUAUGGAAUGCGAAAAGGUAGAGAUGAAAUUCGACAAUUUGUGAAGCAUUAAGGAGCCUGCGUGCAGUGUAUUAUAUAUAGGGGGCAGAUCCGUAGCACUAUAUUUUUUGCACAAUUUUUAAAACAAUUUUUUAACCAUUAGAUUAGAAUGUAUUGAAUGGUUGAGAUUAAGUCUCAUUAAUUAAAUAAUUAAAUAAAAUUUUAAUUAACAAUC